AUGAAUUCCAAACUUACAUGGAUUUUUCUAGCUGUGAUGCUGCUUUACCUUGUUACCUGGACCAGUGCAUUCACAGCCGGCGCCGCGAAGCCAAAAACUGGUAAACGGGAGUUCUCAAGCGAUCAGGAGGUAUUCCACGUUUUCAUGUCCAUUACAGUCUUUUAAGCGUAAAUCAAGCUUUUAAUUGUUACAUGUAAACUCAAUGUAUUUUCCAUCAGGUCGUCAUUCCAAAGGUUGACGCGCUUGCGCAUUCGUUCCUCGUCAACGGUUUGUAAUCAGUCAGUGGGACCGGGUGAAAACCAAUUUCCAGUCCUAAUAAGCCUUGCUGGCUAAAAAUACCCUCCAGGAGCCUCUAUGAACCCUUCGUUUGGUGCCACUGUUGAAGAUGUAUCUUAAGGUUUCCAAUCAAAAUGUUCGCGUUCUGAAUGAAAGCCUUUGAAAAAAAUUUCUCUAACCUUCCGCCCUGUCAUGUCGCCUAUCGACUUCUUUUGCCAGCGAUUUCGUACACUGUUAAAGACACUGUAGAACUAGUUUCUCAACAGCAUUAAUUGCAUUUUAACGAAAAAUAAAAGGUCGAAGGGUUUCUCGCUUUCUAAAUUAAGUAACUUCUAUACCCCCAAAGCCAAUUUUGGAGACUUACUUAAUUAGUUCUAACUUGCUGAAUUUGGGCAAAAUCAUGUAUAAUUCAAAGGAAAUCUUCGCAGCAUGCAGUUUUUCAGCACUGAUUAUGCUAAAGUCAAUUUUCGAUUGGCGAAAACAAAUCUUCCUUACUAACUUACUUCCUGAGGCCGGGAAUCAUCCCGAGCCAUCCUAAAAGAUCUUUCCGCACGACCUGAUCAAGCAUUGCACCUCUUAUCUCUUUGAUAUUCUUUAGUCCAGUGUCAGCCUUGAUGCUGUCAAUGUAUGUAGUUCUUGGUCUACCUCCUCUUUAUGAUUAAUUUAAAACGGAUUUUUUCCUAGCUGCAACGAAAUUCAAACAAACCAUAUUUCGCUACAAGCCAAACUGCCCAAUCGAUUUGUCGAUAAAAAAGCGGGCAAGUUGCCCGCUUUUUUAGGUUAGAAAUUAAUUAGAAUGGCUAAUUCAGCAGUCGGUAGAAAAAUCUUAUCUAAGUUUGAAUUGCGAAUCAGUUUCAAGCUUUGAUCUUUACCGAUAACAUAUGUUUUGACCUUGAUGUGCCCUUAUAAUGAACGCAAAUAUAUCUCAUUCAAGAAUGAGGGUCAUUUUCUAGGCCUCGCUGGGAUCUGGGUCGAAACACUGGAUUUCAAUUAAACUAGACAUCAGUAGUAGACUUGGGUGAAAUUACUAAUCAUACCGUGCCUGUUCAAAACCCCGAGAUUUUUCCAAGAAUAUGGUGACAGAAUCUGUUGCUAUGUCUAAAAGGUAAUACACUGUAACGAAUAAUAACGCUUUCAAAAUUUGACCAACCUGCGACCUAAGAUAAUCAGGGACAAGGCAUCAGGAGUUCAAAGCAAAUAACCGAAACCAGGAAAUAAGGACACAGGAUGAAAGAGGAAUGCAAGUAUCAUGCACACUUAACUUCAAGGACAGCAGGAGAUAUAUUGGUCGAUAUUUUGAAAAAUAAAUCAAGCAAAGAAGCAAAAUAAAUAGAUAAAAAAAAUAAAUUCCCUGUUUCGGACUGCAGUACUUCGCUGUCUUUUUUUUUUGCUACUCGUCAAGCGCUUAAAACAUGGUUCAAGUUAUCGAGGGUAUAACUAUACAGAAAUGAUGUAAAGAGAAACAAAAAUUACUUCCAGUUAGCGGGAGGUUUAAGUUAUCAAGGGUUUGAGUUACCGAGUGUAAAAUUACAGUACAAAUUUGAAGGAAAUCCAGGGGAAAUCAAGAGUUAGCGCGAGGUUCGAAUUGGCUCUGAGGGCUCGGGUUGUCGAGAGUCAACUGUAUCUUUAUGUGUAAUUCAGUUCCCAACAGCCCCUCCUCCUCCUCCCUUGAAACAUAGCGGGUCGCUUUUAACAAGGAACCUUGGUACACGACCUUUUGAUUGAACAUUUCUUAAUCUAUAUUUUAUCCUUUUUAUAUUAGGCAGACUACGUACCGAGAGAAUUGUGCGAGAGAGCCUAUCCUUGUAAAAGAGAAUACGGGACAGGAAUCUUUCGCAGAGAAGUUCCAGGACCAGAAAGAAACAGAGUCGUACAAUAUUAAUGGCGAGAUG